GAAAUUGAUUGGAUGAACUGUUGGAAAGAGCCAUACCAAUUACCACGCCUCCUCCACUUGCUUGAUCUGUACCCGCCCACUCUCAUCUGAGCCCAUUCUCACCUGAGCUCAUUUCCACUGCCUGUCUAUAUAACCACCUGCACUGCAUUGUUCUGUUUGGCAGUGAGGCCAAACACACGUUGGCGAUCCCCUUCACCAAUGCAGAUAGUAAUGGUUAACUGAUAAAAACAGCCCAUUCCCAUUCCCAGAACAUCAAAUAACAGCCUGGUCCCACCCUUCUGUGUCUGAUGCAAGCGCCAACGCACGAGUUUGAUUCCCAUUUCCAUCAUUGGAUGCUGGAGCCAAUCCUAAUGCUCACUGGGCGGAAGGCAGAGGAAACACCCUGAACAGGUUGCCGGUCCAUCACAGGACAGACAGAGCCUGCAAACAGUCAACCACAAACAUUCCCCUGGCGGCCGGGGACAGCCGACACCACAGACACAGACAGGAAGUGAACCCGAGAGAGGAAGCACAUUUCUGCUGCGCUGACCACUUUUCCCUCCCUCUGAGCGGGGAGAUCGAUAGAUAUCACACCGCCGGAGAGGAGGCCAGCGCCCAAAAAGAGGUCACGUGAGGUCAUUUCACGGGGACUCGAAGACUUCCAAAUGAAAUCGCCCUGCUCCUCUCAACCUCACCAUUAUUGCUUCAAUUUCACAUUCGAGAUCCGUGCACCGCUGAAGGUAGAGGUAGAUCCAACCAUCCAUAUGCAGCUUGCAGCCCAGGUCCUGGAUGAUCUUGAUGAUGAGGACAUUGGAUUUGGCCUGGUGGAUGAAAAGAAAGACAUGGCAGUUGCCAAGAAGCUGGGCCUGGAUGAGGUGGAGAGCAUCUACAUCUUUGCUGAUAAUGAGAUCAUCGAGUACGACGGAGAGCUGGCUGCUGACACCCUGGUGGAAUUCCUCUACGAUGUGAUCGAGGACCCUGUGGAGAUCAUUGACAACGAGCGUGAGCUGAAGGGUUUCCACAACAUCGACGAGGUCAUCAAGCUGGUGGGCUACUUCAAGAGCGAGAAAUCUGCUCAUUUUAUUGAGUAUGAUGAUGCUGCUGAGGAGUUCCACCCCUUCUACAAAUUCUAUGCCACAUUUGACCCCAAGAUUGCCAAGAAGCUGAAGCUGAAGUUAAAUGAAGUGGAUUUCUAUGAGCCUUUCAUGGAGGAGCCCGUCACCAUUCCAGGAAAGCCCUACACUGAGGCUGAACUUGUUGACUACAUCGAAGAGCAUGACAGGCCUACCCUGAGGAAGCUUGAGCCUCACAGCAUGUAUGAGAUUUGGGAGGAUGACAUUGACGGAGAGCACAUUGUCGCCUUUGCUGAGGAGGAUGACCCAGAUGGUUUUGAGUUCCUGGAAAUCCUGAAGGAGGUGGCUCGUGAGAACACUGACAACCCAAACCUCAGCAUCAUCUGGAUUGACCCCGACAACUUCCCCCUGCUGGUACCUUACUGGGAGAAGACCUUCCGUAUCGACCUUUCCUCUCCCCAGAUUGGUGUGGUCGAUGUAGAGGAUGCCGACAGCGUGUGGAUGGAGAUGGACGACCAGGACCAGAUGCCCACGGCUGAUGAGCUGGAGCAGUGGAUCGAGGACGUCCUGUCCGGAAAGAUUGACCCAGAUGAUGAUGAUUACGAGGUAGAGGACGACGAUGAUGAUGAUGAUGAUGAUGAUGAUGAUGACGAUGACGACGAUGAUGAUGAUGAAGAUGACGAUGACGAUGAUGAUGAUGAUGACGACGAUGAUGAUGAUGAUGAUGAUGAUGAUGAUGAUGAUGAUGAUGACGACGACGAGUAAAUAUUCAGACCCAUCUUUCGGCUCAUUUUGCUUUAGCCAAUAAUGGCAAAAAAAAACCAAAACAACAACUGUAGCAGCAAUUUUUUUCUAACAUCGUACAGCAAACAAACCUCGUGUCAGUUCCAGUUUGCUUCCUGUUUGGCUUCCUCGGAGCCUUUAAGGGACGAAAAACAUGGCCCAAUUGCAAGAUUACAAUUUCAGUCAGUGUAGAAGGUUUUCAAAGAAGCAGAAGAGGAUUUUUUUUGUAAAAAACAAAAAACCAAAAACAAGCCAAAAAAAAAGAA